UACGGCCGCUAUUUUCGGUAACACAACCUGUAGCAAAGCAGUCGUUCGUUAAAUACAUCUGUGAGAGCUAACACUGCCGAGCUAACAUCGCCUCGUCCAAUACGGCAUGCACAAAAUUGACAGCUAAAGUUGUACACGUUAAAGGCUCUUACCUCACUCAGUUGAACCACAGGCUGUUGUGAUGUCGGAGCCCAAGCCCCCAACUCCAACCCCAACCCCUGGAGACAACUACAAGGGUUGGCUCUUCAAAUGGACUAACUACAUUAAAGGUUACCAGAGACGCUGGUUUGUCCUAAGCAAUGGACUUCUGUCUUACUACAGGAGCCAGGCAGAGAUGGGUCACACAUGUCGAGGCACCAUCAAUUUGGCAACUGCGAAUAUUGCUGUUGAGGACUCCUGCAAUUUUGUCAUUUCCAAUGGAGGGGCACAAACCUAUCACCUUAAGGCCAACUCAGAAAUAGAGCGCCAGCGAUGGAUCACUGCUCUGGAGCUUGCCAAGGCAAAGGCUGUCCACAUGCAGGCUGAAUCAGAUGACUCAGGCGAUGAAUGUCCAGCUGUGCCCCCCACCUCAGGACAGGGUGGCGGUUGCCGUAACUCAGAAGUCCAGUCCACACUACGCACACUCAACAGCAAGGUGGAGGACCUCACCACCUGUAAUGAUCUUAUUGUAAAGCAUGGCUCUGCCCUCCAAAGGUCUCUGACAGAACUGGAGGCGGUUCGUGUCGGAGGUGACAUGGGGGAAAAGAUAAGACAAGUUACAGAAAGAGCAACGCUGUUCAGAAUAACCUCCAACGCCAUGAUUAAUGCUUGUAGAGACUUUCUCUCCCUGGCACAGAGCCACAGUAAGCGCUGGCAGAAAGCCUUACAGGUUGAAAGAGACCAGAGGAUACGGCUGGAGGAGACUCUGGAGCAGCUUGCUAAACAGCACAACCACUUGGAAAGAGCUUUCCGAGGAGCUACAGUUCUCCCAUCUUCAUUCAGCAAUUCCACCUUAGGAAACAAAGGUGGGUCAGGAAAAUGUGACGCCAGUGAUGAGGAUGAUGAUAACGAAUUCUUUGAUGCUAUGGAAGACCCAGCAGAGUUUAUUACUGUCCCUGCUGAUCCCAAGUAUCACAGAAGAUCUGGCAGCAACGUCAGCGGGCUCAGCAGUGAGACUGGAAUGGACGAUCAGUCGGUUAAUUUUGAUGAGCAGUCUUUGGCAUCCAAUCCAGAGUCUCCACAGCCCCUGGAGCUAGAGCCAGUUAGACAAAGAAGGACACGAAUCCCCGACAAGCCCAACUAUUACCUCAACCUGUGGAGCAUUAUGAAGAAUUGCAUUGGAAAGGAGCUCUCAAAGAUACCAAUGCCUGUGAAUUUCAAUGAGCCCCUCUCAAUGCUGCAACGUCUCUCCGAAGACCUGGAGUACUUCGAACUGCUGGAUAAGGCUGCUAAAUGUCAGAGCUCUCUGGAGCAGAUGUGUUAUGUUGCUGCGUUUACAGUCUCCUCCUAUUCCACAACGGUCCACCGCACAGGAAAGCCCUUCAAUCCUCUACUGGGUGAAACAUUUGAGCUUGACAGGCUAAAAGAGUGCGGCUACCGCUCCCUCUGUGAACAGGUGAGUCACCAUCCACCUGCUGCUGCUCACCACGCCUUCUCUGAAAAGGGCUGGAGCCUCAGACAAGAAAUCACCUUGGCCAGCAAGUUCAGAGGAAAAUAUCUUUCCAUCAUGCCUUUGGGUUCUAUUCAGUGUCUAUUUGAAAAGAGCAACAAUCACUACUCCUGGAAGAAAGUGACAACAACAAUACACAACAUUAUUGUUGGUAAAUUAUGGAUUGACCAGUCAGGCGAGAUCGAUGUGGUGAACCACAAGACAGGAGAUCGCUGCCACCUGAAGUUUACUCCCUACAGUUACUUUUCUAGGGAUGUACCAAGAAAGGUCACUGGAGUUGUCACAGACAAGGAAGGGAAGGCCCACUACGUGCUAUCAGGAACCUGGGACGAGAAGAUGGAGUUCUCCAGAGUAAUGCAGAGCAGUAAAGGCGAGAACGGCACCGAAGGCAAACAGAGGACUGUCUAUCAGACACUCAAAGCGAAAGAAAUCUGGACAAAGAAUCCUUUACCAGAGGGAGCGGAGAACAUGUACUACUUCUCCUCACUGGCCUUGACGCUCAAUGAACAUGAAGAGGGAGUGGCGCCGACAGACAGUCGCAGACGCCCUGACCAGCGGUUAAUGGAGGACGGCCGUUGGGACGAGGCCAAUGCAGAAAAACAGAGACUGGAGGAGAAACAACGCAUUACACGGCGAGAGAGGGAGAGGGAGGCUGUCAAGGUAGCCAGUUCACCUGAGGAAGGCGUCCAUCAGGACAACCACCAGGCACUGUGGUUUGAGAAGUUGGACGACCCAGUAUCCGGAGAGACCUUGCAUGUCUACAAGGGCGGUUACUGGGAGGGAAAGGACCAAGCUAACUGGGACCUGUGCCCCGACAUCUUCUAAUCCCAGCUGGGUUCCAUGUAUGGUGCACAAAUGAGAGGAUGGAAAGAGGUGAUUUACCUUUCUUCAGCUAAAGUGGGGAAUCAUGCCGGACUUUAAUCUAUCAUCAGCUUCAACCAAUGUACCCAGUAUGCUCUCUCAGGAUCAAGGGUAUCUGGACUUGACUCCUAAAGUACAAUGUAAAGCAUAUUGUGGCAUUGUUGUAACAUUGCAGCUGUUCAGAGUUCCCUCUUCACUGACUCAAACAUCUGUGUUUAUCUUUAUGUUCACUGUUCAUGUUAAGUUCAGUUCUUGGUCCAGUUUUUGUUCUACAAAUGGCAUCAAAAUAUUCUGGAUAUGCCAUCACGCAUUUUCUUUAAAAGCACUAUUGUCAAAGGAAUAAUUAAUUCAUAUCACUCUAUAUAAUAUAAAUGUUAGGCCCCUGCCUUAACUGUCAUUUGGUGUUGUUACACUUGCAUUCCUGACUCUGAUUAUUCACAAAGAACAUAUUCCUGCUCCCUCAGCUCAGUGCUGCUGUAAAGUCACACCAAACAUUUUAAAAGUUCAACUGGUAACUAUUCACUAUUUCAGUUUAAAACCUUAAAAUCAAAAGCAUUCAAGCUUCAAUUGCUCUGACAAAAAAGAGAUACAUAUUUAUUUUCCUAACAGGGAAACAGUUCUGACUUUAGACGUCAUCUCUAUUUCAAGCCUACAAGUUUUCUACUCAAGUUCAGCUACCAAAAGAAAAAAUUGAGAACCCCGAAAAUUGUUGACGAGGAAACAUUUGAUGUUAGUUUGUCUGACUACUAAAAUAUUCAGCUGUUAUUUUUCAAAUCAGGAUGAUUGACAAAAAGCAUGCAGAAAGGGGCUACUUCAGCAAAAACAAAUGACCUUUCUUCACUAUAUAAGAAUGACAUUUUUUCGGUUCUCAUAUUAGUGAGGAUGACUGACAUUUCUCUGUGUAGCCCAAUUAAUUUAAAAUGAUACCAUAUUGAAUAGUCCACAAAAUACUAGAACCAAACGUGUAUAAUUACUAAUGAAAGUAUGAAGAUACCAACUAUUGUGUUUAUAAUGUUGUGUUUAAGUACAGGGCUUCAUCGUGUCGUGUUCACACACACACCAACUGAUAUGAAGGGGGCGUGCUCAUGCUAUAACUGGGUGUAAAGUUGCUCUUUAAACAGCGUAGCUGUUAGUCACUUAGAGAAAGAGCCUUCUAGGAUGAAAUCAUACAGUGAGUGAAAUGAACUCAAAUCUAUGUAUUGACAAUGAAAUAUGUUAAAAAGUCUAUUUUUCAUUGUCCAUCCCGAACACAGUCCAGACUUAUAUUUUCACAUCUGCAGUUUGUGCCGUUAAUAGUUUGAUAAGUUAUUCCAAUUCAGCUUUAAAAGUUGUAAAUGUUGAAGCUCAUCGUCAAACUGUUGAGCUUCGGAGCAGCAGAGCUAUGUCUUGUUUUCUCCUGACUGACAGAUUGGUUAAGUGAAGAGAAAUUGAAAGUUGUUUUCUUCUUCAAACCUCUUGAUCCUAGCUUUAAUUCUGAUUAAGGUUUUUUUAUACAGCAAUAAGAGUGCCCUAGUGUGUACACAUGUGGCACAAAUGAAAUGUGAGAACAGUGUGAAGAAAAGACCUGCAGAGUCUCAAUGUUGACAUCGUAUUUGUCUUUGUAGCUGUUUGUAAAACGAGAGUGGAAAGACUGCUUGAUGAAAAUGUAAAUUUCAUUUUAUAUUCAAGUGUACUUAAAAGAAGAACACUCAAAAUGAAGAUCAUAAUACAUAACGUUUUAAAUAUUUCUGUGUGAAUAAAUAUAUAUAUAUAUAUAAUCGUAAUGUGAUUGUGAUAUUAACAUGUUAUUUUGAUAGAAAAUCUAAUGGCAGCGAUGCACUUUUGAUUUUUUUUUUUCUUUACUGGAUGUUCAUUGUGUGAGCUGAGUGUACCAUAUUACAAAGAGUCGUCCUCUUAUCAGCUAGAGUAGCUUUAUUUUAAAUUAGUUUUUUUUUGUUGCUUGAACCAUUCCUUACUGUGAUUUAAUGUUGCUUAGAGUGUGAGAGAGAGGAAAAUACAGUUUGAUGCACAUUACAUUUCACAAAGAGUUUACAGCUUUCUGUCCUCUUUUAAACUCUUUGUUCCCACGAGAUCCUUUUCUACCAAUUCAUUCCCCAAUCCUCAUUUUCCUUGUUUUUCUUAACUUUCUACAUUGUUAAGUCCUUGUUAUGAUUCCUGCGCUGUGGAGAUUGACAUGACACAUUUUGCUGCAUCUUACCACACUUCUUAGAAAGUGACUGAAUUUUUUUUUUUUUUGCAUACAUCCAUUAUUUAUCAUCCUGUGUGAAUUAACUGAUCCACUUUUUAUGUUGGAUAAUGAGGAGUUUUUCAUAUUGUGAGUUGAUUUUGAAGAUUUCGUUAAUCAGUGUGCACUAAUUGCAAACACAUGUUCAUUAGUUUAAAUAUGAAUGGGAACUGAGUCAUUGUUCUGAACGUACCUUUUCACUUACUCUGCCCUUCAAUGCAGUUUUUUAACAGGGUUUUGUUAGAGGAUAACAAUAUUAAAGUUUGAGUGGAGGUGAAGUGCUACGGUU